CUUCUAAGCAUGGAUUACUGUUGGCAAUGGGAAAAAUAACAGAUCAAUGUUUGGUGCCACAGGAAGGAAACUAUAUUAAGUUUUUAGUGUGUUUAUAUUUCGGGUUUCAGUAGGUGGAAAUAAAUACAAAUGAUUGCCAAGAUAGCAGCACUUAUAUUGGUGCCUUGGGUGGGAAGGAUUGACAGUAUUGUGAAUGACAAAAGGUUCAUCGUAUGGUCUUGAGGUGUUUUGAUGCCUCAACUCUAUACCUGCAAAGUGGAGGAGGGGUAGGCGGGAUGCUGUGCUGUCAUGAAAAUCUGUGCUUUUGAUUUUAGUGUUUUAGAUUCUUGAAGGAUGUUGGUUUGAGCAGUGGUGGUAUGAUUUGAACAGUUGUGAUACUAGAAAGAAAUUAAGUAGUUAAAGUUGGAUUUGAUGGCAUUAAAUGACAAACUUCAAAACAUGCCAAAAUCUGUGAAAAGGCCCCUUUAAGGAAUGGAAAUGUGGAACAGUUUUGACAAUUGAACACAGAGUAAAGUGUCACAUUACCAUGUUCUUUCUAAAGCGGAAAAUGGCGGAUUUACAGUUAGAGCCGAGCACCUACGACGUGGAGAGACUUAUGUAUGGAUUAGGCCUUGUGAAUUAUCUGGAGUGUGUGGUGAAUGAAGUGGAUGUAGGUCAGCCCUGCUUAGCCUGUGAGGACAAGUGCACCGGCUUCAAGUCCCAUGAAUGGAGGAGUACGUGUACUGUGUGCCGCUGUCCAAGGGAGCUCCACGACAUCUACAACGACAACUUUGUCAACGUCCGAGACCGCCUAGGCUGGCGCCGUGACGACGACCCUCAGACGCACUCGACGAAGGAGCAGACGCUACGACAUGGGUACUCCUGGGUACCAGCCGGGCUGACUAGAGAUGAGAUUGAAGAGUACAUGGAACAGCUUCCAAACCACAAAGUCCCGAAACUGAACUCGCCCGGGGAGAAGUACAGGGACAUACAGUUAAUAUACCAGCUGCCCAAACAGGACCUCUCCAGCGAGUACUGCAAGUCACUUGAGACUUCCAUGGAGAUGAAGGAGUUUAAAGUGUUCAGAGAGCUACGAGACAGCAUCGCCAUGGACAUGGGGGUCGUGAAACCUGCUCAAAACAACACAAGUUGCAGCAACUGCAGUGGUGAGAUCGAAGGCGGGGAGCUAGUGGUUGUCGCCACAAAGCUCAGCGCGGACGUCUGCUACCACCCGGCAUGUUUCGUGUGCUGCACGUGCGAGGAGCUACUGGUCGACCUCACGUACUGCCAGCACUCACGCAGGCUAUACUGCGAGAGGCACUACGCCGAGCUGAUACGCCCGCGUUGUCCCGCCUGUGAUGAGGUCCGUGGAGCGUGACAUUUUGAUAUUUCUGUUUGUCUGUUUGUUUGUUCAGAUAACAAAAAGUUUCAAGUUAUGUUCCUGUGACGAGGUAGGUUGAGCCUUAAAUGCGUACAUUUAUGUCUGUUUAUUCAGAUUUUUUCCUCUUUUUAUCCCCCGCCAAAGGCGGAGGGAUAGAGAAUUGACAUUGUCCGUCCGUCUGUCACAAACUUUUCAGGGCUAUAUCUCAGGAACUAUAUAAGAUAUCAACAUGAAACUUCAUGGGUUUACAUGCAUCAAUAAAGAUAAGUGUCAUGCACAAGGAACCAUAACCCAAUACAUUUUAAAUUGAGAGUUAUUGCCCUAUGUUUUUUGUAUGUUGUAACAUUUCAGGGCUAUUUCUCAGAUAUGAUACAAGAUUUCAACAUGAAACUUCAGGGGUGUGUAGACAUCAAUGAGAAGAAGUGCCAUGAACAAGAACCAUAACCCUACAAGUUCUAAAAUAAGAGUUAUUGUCCUUUGUUGUUUCUAUGCCCCUGGUAGGGUGGUAUAUAGCAAUGAAUUGUCUGUCAGUCCGUCCGUCUGUCCGAAAACUUUAACAUUGGCCAUAACUUUUGCAAUAUUGAAGAUAGCAACUUGAUAUUUGGCAUGCAUGUGUAUCUCAUAAAGCUGCACAUUUUGAGUCGUGAAAGGUCAAGGUCAAGGUCAUCCUUCAAGGUCAAAAGUCAAAAAAUACAAUCUAAAGGAAGUAAUAAGCUUUAAAAGGGAGAUAAUUUCUAAACCUGCCAAAUGAUAUAUUGAAAUUUUAUUUCAAAGCGGUGCAAUAGGGGGCAUUGUGUUUCUGACAAACACAUCUCUUGUUGUAUGAUGUAUUUUUUUUUUCUACCCUACACAUUUGGUGUUGUCCGUCCGUCUUUCCGUCUGUCCGUCCGGCACUUUUGUGUCCGGAGCCAUAUUUUAGAAGUGCUUUGGCGGAUUUCAUUGAAACUUGGUAUGAGUAUAUAUAUAGAUAAGAGGAUGAUGCAUGACAAAUGGCAUUGUACACUGUCUGUUAAUAAAGGAGUUAUGGCCCUUUGUAUCUUGAAAAAAUGCUUUUUUGUGUCUGGAGCCAUAUCUUGGAAGUGCUUUGGCGGAUUUCAUUGAAACUUGGUAUGAGUAUAUAUAUUGAUAAGAGGAUGAUGCAGGCUAAAUGACAUUGUACACCAUCGAUUAAUAACAGAGUUAUGGCCCUUUGUAUCUUGAAAAAUGCUUUUUUUGUGUGUCCGGAGCCAUAUCUUGGCAGUGCUUUGACAGAUUUCAUUUAAACUUGGUAUGAGUAUAUAUAUGGAUAAGAGGAUGAUGCACGUUGGCAUUGUCCAUCUGUCCAGAAAACUUUUGUGUCCAGAAGUAUAUUGGUUGGGGAUAUCAAUUCAUCAAAUUUGCUUGUUUUCUUUAGGAUUAUAAUGCAUAUCAAGGGAUUUGCACCCAUCCAUAAACACAAUUUAUUUGGCGCGUAAGAUCA